UUAAUCCGGCGUGAGGCUAAAGCUUUUCUUAAUCACAUCCUUAAGGACAACGUAUAAUGAAACGUAGCUGAAUGCGUUUAGCCGUAGCUGACCCUCAGUUAGCUCACCUGUCCCUUAUGCCAGCGCUUGUGAAGUCCUGCAGCACUGAGGUCACUGUUGAGCCCCGUUCACUGUGUGCACCUCGCAGAACAGCCCGGUGAUGUAAUAUUGGAGCCGUCCAAAUCAGCCUGACACCAUAAGCUGCUGCUUUGUCAACGCUGGUUUGUUACAAACAGGGUGAUUCACGGGCAGGCAACCUGCCCUGUGUUGGGAACCUUUGGUGACUGGCAGAAGGGACGGACCUGUUCCUAAGCAUGUCCAGGAGGAAGCUGGAGAACAGAAGCCUUUCGGGCUUGUUGGCCAUGUCUCUGCAGACACAAAUCAAGACGGACAAUUUCCACAGUUUUUACAUCCUUGAGCCCAAGGAGCUGGGAAGAGGAAGAUGCGGCGUGGUUAGGAAAUGUAUAGCUAAAUCCACAGGCCAAGAAUAUGCAGCUAAGUUUUUGAAGAAAAGAAGAAGAGGUCAAGACUGCAAAGCGGAGAUCCUUCAUGAAAUUGCUGUGCUUGAAUUAAUGAAAUCUAAUCCUCGCAUAGUUAAUCUCCAUGAAGUCUAUGAAACAGCAAAUGAAAUCAUCUUAGUGUUGGAGUAUGCUGCUGGAGGAGAAAUCUUUAACCUGUGUGUCCCAGAUCUGGAUGACAGAAUUGGUGAAAGUGAUAUCAUAAGGCUUAUAAGGCAAAUACUUGAAGGACUUUGUUGCUUGCAUGAAAAAAAUAUUGUUCAUCUCGAUUUAAAGCCUCAAAAUAUUUUGCUGAGCAGCAUCAGUCCUCUUGGUGAUGUGAAGAUUGUAGAUUUUGGCAUGUCUCGGAAGAUUGACAACUGUACUGAACUGCGGCAGAUCAUGGGAACCACGGAGUAUCUUGCUCCAGAAAUAUUAAACUAUGACCCUAUUACCACAGCCACGGAUAUGUGGAACAUAGGUGUAAUAUCAUACAUGCUCCUGACCCAAGAAUCUCCAUUUGUGGGAGCUGAUAAUCAAGAAACUUUCCUUAAUAUAUCUCAAGUUAAUGUGGAUUAUUCGGAAGAAACGUUUUCGUCAGUUUCGCAGCCUGCCAAAGACUUCAUUCAAAAACUUCUCAUUAAAAAUCCUGAGGAAAGGCCCACAGCAGAGGCCUGUCUCUCUCAUUUCUGGUUGCGGCAAGGGGACUUCAUACUCCUGUGCAGCCCUGAAGAAUCUUGCUGCCCAUCUCUGAUGCCAGGACAUGCAACAAAAUGCUCAGAAGAGCGGAAUGUGAGAUCCAGUUGUAAUGGUACCUGUAGCGACAAGGAGGACAAAGAAAACAUCCCAGAGGACAGCAGUACAGUCUCCAAACGCUUCCGGUUUGAUGAUUCACUGCAGUAUCCCCAAGACUUCAUGACAGACUUCGUAUGUUAAAGUGUAACAUAGACUUUUAUAAGGAUGGAUUUAGUGUAAUCUAUUCCAGUGGCGAGUGCAAGAUUGGCUUGCCGAUUUAUGCAGUGUUGCUGUACUGGAAAAGCACUUUGAUUCUUUAUUCUGGUGUUGCCUUUUCUAUCCAUUGCUGGCAAUGGAUUUAACUCCUGAGAAAUUGGGGUUGUAGCACCAGUAAAACAAAUUAUUUUUUUAAGAAGGUUUAAUUAAAUAUUUUUGCACUUUUUAAAUUUUAAUCCAAAAGCGAUGCCAAAUUGAAGCCUGAACAUGUGUGUAAAUAAACUCAUUUUCCUGAGUUUUUGCCUAAACUUUGAGCUUUGCCAAACAGUUGUUGAAUAGUGUGUACAUUUUUAGCACUAGCCUUUAGAAGCUGAUCUAAGCAGGGAAACUGAAUCUAGCUGUCUUAAUGGGCUUAUCUGUGACCAUUCUCAUUGAUUUAAGUGACAGCUGAAAGCAGCGUUGUGGGGUACGAUCCAUCUGCUGGGGCCAUCUGGAAAACUGCUUUUUCUCUGGUUUAGUUGGUAGUUAAGUAAAUGUUUCCGUCUUACAGGUCUGAUCCACCUAGGGAUUGUAAUGCCCAUUCAGAGCGGCAUUUUUUCUGUGGAUGCAUGUAAUGACUGAACAGAAAACAGGUAGAUGGUCAGUCUUUGUGUUAGUGAUCCUUCGCUUCUUACCAGUGAGUUAUCUUUGAAGAAGAUGAAUUUCCCAUUCUGUUGUGGUUAUUUGGUACGCGUUUGUUUUCUUUCAUAAAAUAUCUGAUGUAUAUUGUCUACAAUUAGUCGUCUCUUCCUUACCUUCAAACCAGAAAAUGAACCCAAAGCCAUGAAAUGCCCUUUCUAAGUUCAAAUUAAUAACUGAACAACUGAAAAUGACUUUUUUUUUCUUGCCAGUGAAGUUGCAAUUAAAAGCUUUUCAUUAUGCCUUUUUAAUGUAGAUGAGCAGCGGGUUUUUCAGUCAGUUAUUGUUAUUCACACAACUUUGUUUCAUGCCUGCCUUGAGAAAUGGACUGCAGUGUGUUAAUAUUUAAAGGCAAACUACCCAGUAGUUGUUUGAAGCCUUUUCAUUUGCUUUGGAUAGUGGGUUUGUUAUGUGUUCAAGUUACAUCCCUUUCAAUUCAUGUUUCUAGGCUCUGAGAAAUAACACAAGUCCAGCUUCACCUUAGAGCAAAUACCAUUGUGUCUCCACAGCCUGAAACAGCUUAACAUGGAAAAACUGACAAGAGAAGGUUCUCAUCAUAACACUGAAGCAGAGAAUAUAUUAAAAUUUCUAUAAAUAUUAUGCUUGCAAAUGGCACUUCAAUGUAGUUCUAAGCCCUGAGGAUUAGAAAAUCCCAGGCUUAGUCUUCCUAAUUUGAUUUCUUUUAUGUAAUGUAAUAUUACAGUCUAAUAAUCUUUUCCAAAUGUGGCUGUUGAUCCAAUGAUAGUGAGGCAGGUGGAGGUUUUGGAACAUCAUACGAUUGAGAUCUUAUGUUAAUAAUCGGUGAAAGGUUGCGUUAUAGUUUUCUGCAGAAAAGGAAGGAACAAUUCUAUUGUUUUUACAAAUAGAUGUUAACACAAGCUUUAACUAUAAUAAAUGGAGGGGGAUUGAGGACUUUUGUCUUUUAUUUGGGGUAAUGUUCUGUGGAAAGUCAACUGUGGUGUCCUCUGCUCGUUUGACAGAAGUAAAAGAUUUCCAAGACUUAAUCUCAAGUGGAAAGAAAUAAUAGCACAGACGAAGCUCAGGUGCCUCAGUAGAAACAAACUGCACUGAUUUCUCUCUUGUGUGUUCUUACGCAGUUUUUAUGGUGGUGAUAAUAAUGUAUAUACAUGCACAGUUAUUAAAUGCCUUUGCUGGGGGUGGUUGUUGCAUUGUGUCCAGGUACCCUGUACUUCUACUUUCCCAAGUCCUUGGCCUUUCCAGUCAGAGUCUUAUUUGGGUUUACCUCAUUAGUGUGGAGUCUAAAUUUGAACUGGGCAAAUGAAAAAUCCAAACUGUCUUACUAUGCAGUUAACAUUCACUCAGGAUAAAGAGGAAAACGUCAAAAAGCUGUAAUGGACAAAGGUAGAAAAAAUGGUUUCUAAUACAGUUACAGUUUCACGUUCUCCAAAAUUAUCACUGACCUGCAGUUGUAACUGGGAAGCUCGUGCAAGUCUUUCUACUAGUUUUCUGUGUUUAGUGCUUGAAAAAUAAAGCAGAAGGUAUGUGCCAGCACUUUAUGAAGAAGUUUUUGUUCCUUAAGUGUUUUAAUCAAGUUAACCUGAUGUUUACAUUUCUUACUACUUCUGGAGUUAACUUAUCUAUAAAUAAAUGAAGAUUUCUCUUAUCCAAAGAA